AUGCCUGCUGGAUCAUCAGCAAUGGAUCCAUUGAGAGAAAAGGCCUUUCAAGAUUACAGGAAGAAAUUGAUGGAGCAUAAAGAAGUCGAAUCAAGACUGAAAGACAUGCGAGAACAACUCAAAGAUCUCACCAAACAGUAUGAUAAGAGUGAAAACGACUUGAAAGCUCUGCAGAGUGUUGGACAGAUUGUUGGUGAAGUGUUGAAACAGUUAACAGAAGAGAAAUUUAUUGUGAAAGCAACAAAUGGCCCACGUUAUGUAGUUGGAUGUAGGCGUCAACUGGACAAAAAUAAGCUGAAGGGUGGCACAAGAGUUGCACUGGAUAUGACAACACUCACAAUCAUGCGUCACUUGCCCAGAGAGGUGGACCCCCUGGUGUACAAUAUGAGUCAUGAGGAUCCAGGCGAUGUCACUUAUUCAGCUAUCGGUGGUCUUCAAGAACAGAUCAGGCAGCUGAGAGAAGUGAUCGAGCUGCCGCUGAUGAACCCCGAGCUGUUCGUGCGCGUGGGCAUCACUCCGCCCAAGGGCUGUCUGCUGUACGGGCCCCCUGGAACCGGGAAGACCCUGCUGGCACGUGCCGUUGCCUCGCAGCUGGACGCCAACUUCCUCAAGGUGGUGUCAUCGGCCAUAGUGGACAAGUACAUUGGGGAGUCUGCUCGUCUCAUCCGCGAGAUGUUCAACUACGCACGAGACCACCAACCCUGCAUCAUAUUCAUGGACGAGAUCGACGCCAUCGGCGGCAGGAGGUUCUCCGAGGGCACCAGCGCCGAUCGCGAGAUCCAGCGCACCCUGAUGGAGCUGCUCAACCAGAUGGACGGGUUCGACUCCCUGGGGCAGGUGAAGAUCAUCAUGGCGACCAACCGGCCGGACACGCUGGACCCGGCGCUGCUGCGGCCGGGACGCCUCGACCGCAAGAUCGAGAUCCCCCUCCCGAAUGAGCAGGCGAGGCUGGAGAUCCUGAAGAUCCACGCGGCGCCGAUAGCGAAGCACGGCGAGAUGGACUACGAGGCGGUGGUGAAGCUCUCGGACGCGUUCAACGGCGCCGACCUGAGGAACGUUUGCACCGAGGCGGGCCUGUUCGCCAUCAGGGCGGAGAGGGAGUACAUAGUGCAGGAGGAUCUGAUGAAGGCGGUGCGCAAGGUUGCCGACAACAAGAAGUUGGAGAGCAAACUGGACUACAAACCAGUC